CUCCUGUUCACUGUCUCCCAGAGACAUCCACUCCUUUCCAACGGCAAUCAUGGCGCAAAUUGGGCGCUUUUGGUUCCUUUCCAUUGCGGUGGUGUUCCACUUUAUUUACAUCUACAGCAUUUUCUCCAUUUACUUCGUGAGCCCUAUUGUCCAUGGCAUGCGCGAGCACGGUGUCGACACACAAGAAGCUCCUGCCCAAAGAUUGGUACUCUUUGUUGGAGACGGCCUUCGCGCGGACAAAGCCUUCCAGUCCUUCCCCGACCCUACUCCCUUGGACGAAACUUCUGAAGACGCAAAGUCGCCGCGUCCGUUGGCGCCAUUCCUCCGAUCUCGUGUCCUGUCGCACGGCACCUUCGGCGUCUCCCACACACGAGUGCCAACUGAAUCGCGGCCCGGUCAUGUCGCCCUCAUUGCAGGAUUAUAUGAGGAUGUGUCUGCAGUCAUGACGGGAUGGAAGCUAAAUCCGGUGAAUUUUGACAGCGUCUUCAACCGAAGCAGGCACACAUGGAGUUGGGGAAGUCCAGACAUUCUGCCCAUGUUUGAACAGGGGGCAGUUCCCGGGCGGGUGGAUGCUGAUACCUACGAUCCGGAGUUCGAAGAUUUCUCCAAAGAUGGGUUCCAUCUGGACACAUGGGUGUUCGAUAGGGUCAAGAAACUAUUCAAGGACGCAAAAACAAAUGUGACGCUAGAUUCGGAAUUGCGCAAGGACAAGAAUGUAUUCUUCCUGCAUCUACUAGGUCUGGAUACUACAGGACAUGCUCACCGGCCAUACUCGAAACAGUAUCUGCACAAUAUCAAGGUCGUCGACCAGGGCGUGCAGGAGAUCACCGGACUGAUUGAGGACUUCUAUAGUGAUGGAAAGACCGCUUUCAUUUUCACCGCGGACCACGGCAUGAGUGAUUGGGGAAGUCACGGUGACGGCCACCCAGACAACACCCGGACACCGCUGAUUGCAUGGGGCUCCGGGGUCGCCCCACCCAUCGUCAACAACUCGGGAACAGCGAAUGGACAUGAGGAUGGCUUCUCCUCGGAUUGGGGUCUGGACCACAUCCAACGGCAUGAUGUCUCCCAAGCCGAUGUCGCGGCUCUCAUGGCCUAUCUUGCUGGGCUCGACUUUCCAACCAACUCGGUUGGGGAGCUCCCUCUCUCGUAUCUCGCGACGGAUACCAAAUCUAAGGCGGAAGCACUACUGGAAAACGCCAAGGAAAUUCUGGAAAUGUAUCACGUCAAAGAAGAUAUGAAGAAAUCCACGGAGCUAUAUUACAAACCAUUCCCUGGAUUAGGCGAUGAAACACACUCCGUUGAAUACCGAAUUGCCCGAAUUCAAGAGGCAAUUGAUCAAGGCAGGGUGGAGGACGCCAUCAAACAAUCGAAUACGCUAAUCCAGAUCGGGCUUCAGGGACUCAGAUAUCUGCAAACCUAUGACUGGCUAUUCCUCAGAACUCUCGUGACAGCCGGCUACAUUGGCUGGAUUGUAUUCGCGAUCACCACAGUUAUCGACCUUCACGUUCUUAAGGAAGAAUCGCAAACUCUUCGCACAGUCUCAAGCAUGGUUGUGUUCUCCUCUGUCCUCGUCGGGGUGUAUUCUGUCCUUUUCAUGCAGCAAUCACCUUUGAUCUACUAUGCAUAUGCUCUAUUCCCCGUUAUGUUUUGGGAAGAAAUUUGGGCUCGACGGCCUGCCCUUUUCAAGGGUUGCAAAGUCUUGCUUAGGGACGUGUCAUCAAAAGCAGACGUCAUCAAGCUUGUACUUUCGGUAGCUGGCUGCUUCGGACUCCUAGAGGCUUUAGUGCAAAGCUACUUUCAGAGGGAGAUCUUUACAAUAUGUUACCUGCUCGCAACUACUUGGCCCGCAUUCUACGGCAAGGAAUUCGUUGAGAAGAAUCUGGUGCUGGUCUUCACAUGGGUCUUGUCUUGCAUGCUAAUGAGUACCUUCACCUUGCUGCCUGCAAAUAAGAUCGAGGACCUCAGCUUGAUCUUAUCUGGAGGUGUUCUGAUGUUUGCCGUCGGAGUACUAUAUCUGCUCUUCGAGAAGAGAAUUCUUGUUGAUGCUGAUGCAUCUGAAGACGAACUCUCCUGUCCUUCAGCUGACGGCUUGUCUCGCAUCAUCUUGGGCACCCAGGUCGGGCUAAUUGCUCUCGCCAUGAUAGUCACCAAGUCUAGCAUCUGGCAUCUCCAGACUCGAACGGGUCUACCUCGCGGCACGCAGUUGGUCGGAUGGUUCACUCUCGUUGCGUCCCUUCUUGUACCCUUCCUCCAUAGCCUCCGACCAAACGGCCACUACCUCCACCGACUCGUGAUCAUAUUCCUCCAAUUUGCCCCCUCGUUCAUCAUCCUCACUAUCUCGUAUGAGGGGUUGUUCUAUUUUGCUUUCUGUCUUUGCCUAUUCAGUUGGAUCCAACUAGAGCACCACGUCCACAAGCACACAUCACAGGCAUCGAGACCGUCUUCCAGAUCGAGCAUCCCGCUAAGACCGACAAUAGCAUCUGCGACAGAACGUCGCGCCUCGCUAAAAGAAGGCGAGUAUCGGGCCCUAACUCUUGCGGAUGGCCGCAUAGCCCUCUUCUUCUUCUUUUUCCUCCAGUCGGCCUUCUUCAGCACCGGCAACAUCGCAUCCGUGUCGUCGUUCUCUCUCGACGCCGUCUCUAGACUCAUUCCCGUCUUCGACCCUUUCUCCCAGGGAGCACUGCUUAUCCUCAAGAUCAUGGUGCCGUUCGCUGUCAUGAGCGCGAACUUCGGCAUCUUGAACCGUAGGCUAGGGGUUGCGCCGAGCGCGCUUUUCAUGGUAGUCAUGGCGAUUGGCGAUGUCAUGACGCUGAAUUUCUUCUACAUGGUGAAGGAUGAGGGCAGCUGGCUUGACAUCGGCACGACGAUUAGUCACUUUGUCAUUGCCAGCUUGCUAGGCGUAUUUGUUGCUGGCUUGGAGCUUACGAGUGAGCUCUUCAUUGGAGGGGUGGAGAUUAAAAUUGAAGGUAGUAGGAAAAGCGAACGGCAGACAGGCGCACAGCAAAAUGGGACGGUCACUGGGAACAGUAAUGGGCGGAUCCACUAA